UGGCUGCUUGUUUGUUACCUUGGGUUUUGUUCAACUGGAGCGUGCGUGAGGGUGUAGGAGAUUGGAAUUUGGAAGUUACCUUCAUCCUCCUCUUCCCGUCUCCGUCUCGACUCAACCUCCUUUUCUCAAUCGAAAACCUAAGCUAAUCCCUCAGGUAGAGAAGGCAGGGCGAUUGAAGUUAUCUUGAAAUCAUUUGCAGGAUUCACUAUUUUAUAUUUGAGUAGGAUAAUCCUUUAUUGGAAUUUAUCACACGCAUGGCUACGUCCCAGGGGAAAGUUUCAUAUUCUUCCCUUUCUAAGCUAGAGAAGGGAAAUACCAACUUGUACUAUGAUGAUGACUUCAGUGAUUCUGUCUGGGCUAUGCCCCAGGGCUCAAGGUCCUCCAAACAAGAUUACUCCUACCAAUACCCCCUCCAGUCCGAGGAUUUUGUUGAUGAGGAAUGCGAUUCAAUUGAGGAGCCUUGUAACUCUACGCAGCAAUAUGGUAUGCCUCCUGAGGUGAACUUGAAAAAUGUUUUGGGUGGGAUAUUUGCAAUUUUGACUGGGCGGAAUAAAGGCAUCGGUGAUGCAGGAAGCCAGCAGUCCCCCACUUCAAAUGUUUCAUUUCUUGGGUCCGGAAAGAAUGGAGAUAGUUUCUUGCAUCCUUCGGUUUACAUACCUAGUGCCCCACCACUUCUGGAGCCAAGUGGGAUUAACUAUAGUGCUUACAAGGAAGUUUUGGAUGCUGAACCCCCAGAAUGGGUUCCCGACAGUUCUACCACAGUUUGCAUGCAGUGCACUGCCCCCUUCACAGCUCUUACACGUGGAAGACAUCAUUGUCGGUUUUGUGGGGGGAUAUUCUGCAGAGCAUGCACUAAAGGAAGGUCUUUGCUGCCCGUUAAGUUCAGAGAGAGGAAUCCACAAAGGGUGUGUGAUGCCUGCUAUGAUAGGCUUGAUCCUCUACAGAAUAUUCUAAUUAAUAGCAUUAGCAAUGCUGCACAAGUUGCAAAGCAUGAUGUGAUGGACUGGACAUGUACACGAGGAUGGCUGAAUCUUCCAGUUGGUUUGUCCAUGGAACAUGAGAUAUACAAGUCAGCUAAUACAUUGAGGAGCUACUACCAGGUUGCUAGAUUGAACCCUGAGAGGUCCAUUCCCUUAGCAGUUCUGAAAGGAGCCAGAGGCUUGGCUAUUAUAACAGUUGCUAAAGCUGGCAUGCUAGUUUCUUACAAACUUGGCACUGGUUUGGUUGUUGCCCGAAGGUCAGAUGGAUCAUGGUCUGCACCAUCUGCCAUAUUCUCUGUCGGUUUAGGAUGGGGUGCUCAGAUUGGGGGUGAGCUCAUGGACUUCAUAAUUGUGCUUCAUGGUUCCAAAGCUGUGAAGACAUUUUGUAGUCGCAUGCAUUUUUCUCUUGGUGCUGGUUGCAGUGCUGCUGCAGGACCUGUAGGAAGAGUGUUGGAAGCAGAUCUCCGAGCUGGAGAUAGAGGUUCUGGCAUGUGUUAUACAUACAGUUGUAGCAAAGGUGCAUUUGUUGGAGUGUCAUUGGAAGGGAACAUUGUUGCAACAAGGAUGGAUACAAACCUACGGUUCUAUGGUGAUCCUUACCUCACCACAGCCGACAUUCUACUUGGGACAGUGGACAGACCAAAGGCUGCUGAGCCCUUGUAUACUGCCCUUAAAGACCUCUACUCCAAACUGCAGCAUUAGACUCAGCUCCCUUUGCAUAUACCAUCUCCUUGCUGCCCUUGGAAGUUUCCUUGAUUCUUGAAUAUAUCUCCAUGGAUGAACUGGCUGGUGUGAGUCUGUUAAGAAUCAAGGGGGUUCUUGAUUCUCAUGAAAUCAAUUCCUUGGCCUUGAUGUGAAAUUAUAAAAUCCCUCGGCCACCUUGGUUUAUAUUUUAUGUUUCACAAAGGAAAAAUAGGAUGCACACCACAGACAGCUCUUAAGUAUAAAUCUAUUUCUUCUUUUAUUCUGUGUCAUGGUAUGUAGUGGAGACUGGAGACUGGCUGACUGCACCGUGGAUAUGUGAAUUGAAAGUGUUACAUAUACCUGUAUAUAAACUAAUGGUGUACAUGUUUUUAUUUGACUUAUGAAUGGUGGAUCAUUUAGAGCUUAAAA